CGGCCGCUGGUGUGCACAGACGACAAGACAAACGACACGAGCAACAUGGCCGCGACAAUCGACGACCUUCUCGACAAACUCUGCCGAUGGCAUCUUUUCAUCAACCUCAUCGCAUUCCUCCGAGGAUUUCCCGUCACAUUCAACAUGAUGAUGCCCGUGUUUGUCGCUCCGAAAAAGCUGGACUACUCCUGCACCAAUUCCUCGACCAUGUGGUUCAACCAGAGCCACACCGUGGGAGCAAAGAUGCUCCCCAGCCAGUGCUACUACGUGCCCGACGCCAACACUAGCUUCAACGACACAAAUGAGCUUGAGCGCUGCCAAUCCUGGACCUACGACAGAAGUCUUUAUGGCCACACUGUCAUUGAAGAGUGGGAUGUCGUGUGUGACCAGGAGUGGAAACUGUCCCUCAGUCAAAGUCUUUAUCUGGCCGGUCUCAUGUUAGGGACCAUCAUAGCAGGACACUGUUCAGACUGGUUUGGUCGGAGACGCACGAUCCUGGUGGGCAUUAUAGCAACGGCCGCUACGGGCAUUUGGACAGCAUUUUCGACCACUUUUAUCAUGUACAACGUGGCCAGGGUGGCGCUUGCGUUCGCAGUCAGUGCGUUUGGAGACAUCACCUACGCUCUUGUAAUGGAGACUGUGUCGCCACGAUUCCGAUACCUGCCUACAAUUUCCGUGGGUAUGGGAUGGAGCCUGGGCAUGUUGGCUGUGCCUGGAAUGGCCUACAUAGUGAAAGACUGGCAAGCCUUACAACUCUACGUCUGCGUCCCUCUCGGUGUUAUGUUCCUCGUCUGGAUAUUUCUUCCAGAGUCUCCACGAUGGCAGUUAGCGAAUGGUGAAUACGACGCUGCCCGAAAGAAUCUCAUGAGGUUGGCCAAGUGCAACAACAGCCCAAAGGACGUUGUUGAGGAGGUCAUUGAAAAUGCGCAGAAGAAAACUGGCACACCGGAAGACACCAGAAAAGGUUCCUUCAUUGACCUUUUCUCAACUAAGCGAUGGGCACUCACAACGUCGGUAUUCAGCUUUCAACUGGCGGUAUCCUCCAUGGUAUGGUACUACCUAACAGUGUCCACUGCGGCCGUGGGUAGCAGCCCAUUCAUCAGUUUCUCAGUCGCUGCCGCGUCCGAGAUACCUGUGAAAUUCAUCAACAUGCUAUUGAUAAGGUUCUGCCCCAGACGACUGGCCCUCUUCGGAACGUUCUCCCUUAUCACGCUUGUGAUGAUUGCACUAAUCAUAUUGCCUACAGGUUACCCGUGGGCGAAGCUAGCCUUGCUGAUCGUUGGAAAGAUGUGCACCUCAGCUAAUGGCUCCAUCUUCCGCGUGCAUAUCAGUGAGGUCUACCCAACUGUCGUGCGCUCUGUGGCUUUGGGUGUCUGCAUAACAAUCGGAAGAGUGGGCACUGUCAUCGCACCAUUCUUCGACGACUUGAGCCAGAUAACUUCCCCGUGGAUGUCAAAAGCAAUUACGUCCGCCCUGUGCCUGUCAUGUGCUUUGGCGACAAGGCUGACGCACGAGACAUUCAACAAAAUGCUCCAAGACAACUUCGACACGAAUGGACAAGAAGCGGCACAAAGUGAGACAUGUCGUAGUGGAAGCACCGGCGACGCGGCCAGCUCAUGACGCAACGUCAUCUUUUAGGAGGCAUAUGCAGUCAUGCACGUGGCACGUCCAGAUUAAUGCCCCUUCCAUACGGGUCAUACGAUCAUUGAAGUCAAUGGCCAUUGAGCAUGCGCACAGCGCCACCUACCGUGUAACGCGUCGGUCCGCCAGGGAAUAUUGAACCUAAUGCUGUGUGAGAAGAUGACACGUUGUCAGCUUGGCGCCGAUAUGCGCAUGUUCAAUGGUCAUUGGUCUCAAUGGUCAUUGAGUACUUCCCGUGUGGUCUCUGUUUGUGCAUGUUUGUGUGUUGUGCACGUGCUUCGUGAGCCCGAACUGACGUGUCCCGGGGUAGGCAGUGGAAGUGUUUUGGGACUUAGAUCUCCACAUUUUCUAUUUGCAAUACAUCAAACAAGCAAUGUCUGUUCGAAAUAUCGGCGGCUCUCGCCUUCAGCAGUUGGUCCCUUAGCAAUGCAACGAAUAAUACCGCUUAGUACUCCAGGUUCUUUGUAAAGCCGUACGCCAUUUUCGCGCAUAACAAUUAGCGUAGUUGCAUGAGGGUCACGAAAAGGAUGUAUGUUUCUCAUUUUCAACGAAUCAAGGGAGAGGAUCAUUGAGGAUAAUGUGCUAGGAACGUGUUAUUCAGUGAAGUUCUUCAUUAGAUAGCAAAACCACGGUUAUUAUGUGCUUUGUUAUGCACUAAACAUAUCCUGAACAAUAAAAAUACUGCAAAGUACAAAACAAUUUAAUUUAAUUCUUUCAUCAUAACUAUGAUAACUGAAAAUCAGUUUCUGGACACGAUGGCACUGAUCGGCACUCGAAUGAAGAGUGCAAAAGGGGUGUAGAAGGGGUGUAAAGCCCAAAACUUUUCCGUUACUGCUCGAAGAAAAAAAUGGUGUUCCUUCACGAAUUUUUUUGCGGACGAUUUAUCGAACGGAUUUUUGUUCUG